ACGCAACUGUUCGAGUCUGGUUAUUCAUACACUCCUUAUAUCGUGGUCAAUGUUACUUGGAAUAGUUAGCUACGACAAAAGAUUUGUUACAGACACCAUUUCGGAGGAUUUAACCACCGACAGAAGAUGGACGAGGCAGUCGGAAGAAGACGCUCCAAGUUGGGAAAGGUGAAAGCUUUUGAGGAAAUGUUAAUGAAAGAUAUACCAGGUGGAGCAAAGCAGGCUAAUGAGCCACUUCACGGAAUGUUGGAAGCCCAUCUAGACAGCGCGCUUGCCUCAAGUUCUCCUCAGUCUGAGGUUGUACGCAAUGCAGCACUUCUUCAUUACCUAUCCACUCUGGCAUCCUCGAACGAAAUGGGUGACACAUUCGACUAUCAAUUCGUCAAAUCUUUGUUGGACUCUGGAGCGGAUGUGAACACUCCUGACAAAAAUGGACAAACCAUUCUACAUGAAGUGGCGAGAUCUUGGGAUACAGAUAUUGUGGAGUUUCUCCUCGAGAAUGGUGCGAGAAUCGAUGUACAGGAUAAUUUUGGAAGGGCACCUCUCCAUGUUGCUGCAGCUGUUGACUACGCGGAAAUGGUCGAGUUCCUCAUUAGCAAAAAGGCAGAUAUCAACAUCGCCACUCUCAAUGAAGAACAGACCCCCAUCCAUUUUGCGGCGAAGAACGGUGCCUGUCAGUCACUGAGGAUGUUGUUAGCGUAUGGAGCGGAUAUUGUGUCCAAAGAUUCCAAGAGUAGGACUCCUUUACAGCUUGCGGCCGAAAUGAACCGUACGAAAGCAGCAAAACUUCUUUUGGAAGAAGGCGCUCCAGCUGGGGUGUAUGACAGUAUUGGGAAUUCUGCUUUAUCGCUGUUGAUUGAAAAAGCACCGCAAGUCGCCCUAGACGCAUUAGGACAACUACACUCGGUUGAUCAUAUCAGCAGGAGAGAGUAUUUCUUUCUGGAACACCUUGAAGGCGCACGUUUGAACGAAACACCGUCGCCUGCCCGCACUCCGUUGGAGGUAGCCGUCGAAAACAAUCGCCUUGAUAUCAUCAUGCAUCCAGUGAUACGUCGACUGAUUACCGUUAAAUGGCGGGUGUUCGGGAAAUUGGGUGGAAUCGGUGCACUGCUUUUGAAUCUUCUCUAUGCGACACUGUGGACGAUCAUGGCGGUUACAAUUCCCACAACAGAUGAAGAUGCAUACUUUCCAUUGCCCAAAAAAAUAUGGAGGUGGAUAAUUGCAGUCAUAAUUGCCAUAUUAACAAUAUAUGAAAUUGUGCAACAAAUCACGGGUACGCUGAAGGUGCAAAAGAACAGCGCAGAAUGGCGUCAAUGGCGUGUGGAAGACCUCAGUCGUGAUCUUCAGUACUGUCAUCCACGCUGGCCGCAGGAACAGACUUACUUGGAAGCCGAAAUCAAGUCUGUGCAAAACCCUCCCAUCUUGGCGAGCUCAGACUAUUGGUUUUACUACGACUGGGUGGCUCUUGCCCUCAUCCUUGCUACAAUUUCGUCCCAAGCUGCAUUCCUGAAGAUCAAAAGCGAUUCAUCCUAUCGCGUGUAUGCCCGUUUCGCAUGCGCUCUCCUCAUCAUCCUUUGGAUACGUAUUAUGAAAUCCGCGCGACCAUUUGAAGGGCCUGGUGCCUUUGUUGCGAUAUUUGGCCAUAUAGUAAUUGAUAUUCUAAAAUGGGCGUUGCUGUUUCUGCUCAUCUUCAUUCCCUACUCCGCUUCGUUUUGGAUAACGUUCGGAGGCGACGCGACUGGUGGUCAUGUUGAAGGCUAUAGCAAUCUUGACGAGAUGUUGUUUAACAUGUUCUCCAUGGUCGUGGUCAUGGAUUACGGCUUCGAAGCAUUGGAGGCUUCGGACGAACAUAUGGCAAGAUUCCUGUGUGGAACAUUUAUUAUCAUCAUGGCCAUCGUACUAGUUAAUGUCCUCAUUGCGAUGCUUUCCGAUACAUUCACGAGAGUUUACGGGAACGCAGUUGCGAACUCCAUCAUGCAACGCGCAAAGACGAUCAUCACGCUAGAGCGGUCGCUAAGCGACAAACGACGGCUCCGGUAUUAUGACUACAUUCGGAGUACGUGUAGUCCCGAGGUUCUUACGAUUCAACCAGAUAUGAACAGCAGCGAGAUGGACGACCGAAAAUCGGUGGAAGAGAUGCGAGAGGAAGUCAAGGAUAUGGUACAGCUGGUACAAAGUCGUUUUGGACGGCGGUAUGGCAAAGAUAAAAUGUCUGAUUUGGAUGCCGUAAAGCACGACGUGGCACAGCUGUGGAAGAACCACGAGAGAAACGCUGCGGCAGUGAAAGAAAUUAGAGUUGCCCUUGAGAAUAUGUUAGGAAUUGCUGGUCACAAGGGUACCCAGGGGCUCGUUUUGGGCAGCCAAUCAGGUCUUGGUGGAACUAGCGUUGCUUGACUGGUUAACAAUAGUUGUUGAGUUGUCACAUUUUAUCGUAAAAACACAUGUAGCAUGACUUGAGUUUCGUACAUAAAACUCAGUUGAACCGAAAAUAUUUUAUACAAAGCAUAAGUGGAAUAGACAAUCAAUAUUUUGUAUAUCAGUUGAAGAAAAUAUCACCGUUGACUGCAGUAACUAUGGGUGCGAUGACUAAUUUCUUUGUCCAGCCGUUCUGGUACACAGUGAAAAACGUUUUUUCGUUUGAAUCAAGUGGUUGCAAAAAUUGUGGCUAUUGUCGGUUCAUCCAAUUUUGGCAAAUAUUGUACUGUCUUUGGCUUUUAUAUAUUAAAGUAAAUAUUGUAUUGUAUUUGGCUUGUACUGUCAAUCCCCAAUCGUACCCGCCAUCGCGUGAAUAUACUGAUUACCAAAACUAAUCUUUAAAUCUGCAAUUGUGGCCAACCAGGAGAAAUGUCG